AUGAAGUGGAUGCGAAUCCUCUUAGCAGCAGCCCCUACUGCGGCGGCGGUUCACGAAGCCUCGGUCGCUGGCAUUCAGGGUCUGGCAAGGCGUCUCUUCCAAGGACGCGAUGCCCAGUUUGAGUUUGAGCUGACGCGGGAGCACGAGAACUGGUCGCGCUGGAACGUACCCGACAAUGAUAAUUACACCGUCUCGUCGAGCAAUGGCAAGAUUCGCGUCCAGGGCACCACGCUGAGUGCCCUGGCUCGAGGGCUACGCCAUUAUGCAAACGAUGCGCUCAAAAUGGACGAGCAUUGGUUCGUCGACACCGUCUACAAGCUCCCCGACCGUCUCCCGCUCCCUGAGGAAGCGCUUACAGGAGCCAGCACGGUCCCGUGGCGCUACAACCUGAACACGGUCACCUUUGGCUACACCUUUGUCUGGUACUCGUGGUCCGACUGGGAGAAGCUCCUCGACUGGGCCGCCCUGCGCGGCGUCAACCUGCAGCUCGCCUGGGUCGGCUACGAGCGCAUCUUCCUCGACAGCUUCCUCCAGCUCGGCCUCGCCCAGGACGACAUCCUCGCCUUCUUCAGCGGCGAGGCCUUCCAACCCUGGAACCGCUUCGGCAACAUCCACGGCACCUGGGGCCCCCAGCGCCGGCUCUCCCUCGCCUGGAUCGACCAGCAGUUCGCCCUGCAGAAGAAGAUCGUCGCGCGCAUGGUGGAGCUCGGCAUCACGCCCGUGCUCCCCGGGUUUCCCGGCUUCGUCCCCGCCGCGCUCAAGACGCUCCGGCCGGACGCGGACGUCGUGGACGCGCCCGCCUGGGUGGACGUUCCCGCGAACAACACUGCGACCGCGUUCCUGAACCCGACCGACAAGACCUACGCGGAGCUGCAGAAGCUGUUCAUCGCGAACCAGGUAGAAGCCUUUGGCAACGUCACAAACGUAUACACGGUCGACCAGUUCAACGAGAUCAACCCCAAAUCCGGCGACGCAAAGUACAUCACCGACGUCUCCGCCAGCACGUACGCGGGGAUCACCGCGGCGAACCCGGCGGCCAUCUGGCUCAUGCAGGGCUGGCUCUUCUACUCCAGCCAGGGCUUCUGGACGCAGCAGCGCGUCGACGCGUACCUCGCGGGGCCGCCCGGGAAGAACGACAUGGUCAUCCUGGAUCUGUUCAGCGAGAGCGAGCCGCAGUGGCAGCGGACGCGGAGCUACGCGGACCGUCCGUGGAUAUGGUGCCAGCUGCACGACUUUGGCGGCAACCAGGCCCUGCACGGAAAGAUCACCAACGUGACGCAAAACUCGGUGCAGGCGCUCAGGGAAUCCCCCUCGCUCGUCGGCUACGGCUUGACGCCGGAGGGCUACGAGGGCAACGAGGUCGUGUACGACCUGCUGCUCGACCAGGCGUGGCAAGCCUCUCCGAUUGAUACGGCCGACUAUUUCCGCACGUGGGCCAGGAACAGAUAUGCCGGCUCGGGGACCAUACCGGAGGGCGUGUUUUCCGCCUGGGAGCAGCUCCGACAGCACGCGUACGACGUCCGCGACAACGUUCUCCCCUCCGUCGGCGUCUCCGUCUACCAGCUCUUCCCCGCGCUUGAGGGCCUGGCGAACCGCACCGGCCACUGGCCUGCGCCCACCGCCCUGCAGUACCCCCCGAACGUCAUGAAGAACAUCUGGCAUCUGUUCCACAACGCCAGUCUCGAUGCCCCCGGGCUUCUGCAGGUGCCUGCGUUCCACCUCGACUUCGUAGACGUCACGCGACAAGCCCUGGGCAACGCCUUCGCCGACAUCUACACGAACCUCGUUGACGAGUUCCAAGCCGGUGCCAACGCCACGGUCAUCAGAGACUUGGGCAAGUCCAUGCUCUCUUUUCUCAAAGAUCUGGACACGGCCCUCAACACCGACGCGCACUUCACGUUGAAGCAGUGGCUCGACAGCGCCAAGUCCUGGGGCGAGAGCACCAGCGCUCCGGAGGAUGUGGCGUUCAACGCCCGCAGCCAGGUCACUGUCUGGAGCACAGAGUCGCGUCUCCUCGACGACUACGCCGCCAAGGCUUGGUCUGGUCUUGUCAGGUCGUACUACGGCAAGCGAUGGGGAAUAUUCAUCGACGGUCUUGUGCGCGCUCGGGAGCAUGAUGUCGCGCUCGAUGAGAAGGCUUUGGGGGACAAGAUUCGUCAGUUUGAGGUGUCCUGGCAGUACCGGGGAUACAACUCGGAGACUUGCGAUAAGGCUCAGGAUAUUCAACAGGUAGCGAAAAGCCUGAUGAAGCGCUGGCCAGCUGCUUUUGCAUGA